AUGCUGGGCGGAAUGGGCGUGAGCAUUUGUGGUGUUUGCACCUAUGCUGCAGUGCCUGGGCGCCAAAUCUUCGCCUCCAACGGAGAGUGUAUGGACUAUGACCCUUCCCCCGGUGCGGGGAACAAUGUGAAGGUGCAUCCUUGCCACAUCGAUGCAAACCAAAAAUGGUACUUUGAGGGCGAGCUGCUGAAGACAGACUACAAUGACCUUUGCUUGGACUACAACAUGGGAAACGGGGAAGUCUACAUGCAUCCUUGCCACCAUGGAGCCAACCAGCAUUGGUACUUUGACGGCGAGCUCUUAAAGAACAGAUACGACAACAAAUGCUUGGAUUUCCAACCCGAUUCCAAGAACAUCUAUAUGGGCAAUUGCCCAGGGAGCAAUACUCAGCACUUUACCUGGAGCCAGGCAGUGCAUGGCGGUCAGCAAAUUCGCAGUGACAACAAUGGUAAAUGCAUGCGUGUGGAAGCUGAUGGAAAUGUGAAAAUUGGCGACUGUGAUGUCUCUAUGGCAAAUCGAUUCUACUGGGAUGGUGAAAUGAUCAAAUCUGAGAAGACCGGCCAAUGUUUGGACUAUCAUGUUAGCGUUGGGAACAUUCAGAUGUACGACUGCCAUGGAGGUUCCAAUCAACGGUUCUACUGGGAUUCGAAGUACAUCAAGAGCAGGCAUGACAACCAGUGUAUGGAUUUGCAGCACGGUCAAGGCAACGUCUAUAUGGCAAAUUGCCCUGAUGCUCCAUCUCAGAAGUGGAGAGAUGUUGAUGUUGCAAAGCCAUUACCAGCCGGCCGUCUCACAGACAUGAUGUAUGGUUUGUGCUUGGAUAAGAACCAAGAAAACAACAACGUUUAUGCCGCCGGUUGCCACGAUGGCAACAAUCAGAAGUGGUACUUUGACGGAGAGUUGCUCAAGAAUCUAGAGGAUGGCAACUGUUUGGAUGAGAAUGGAGAAGGAACCGAAGACUAG